CCCACAUCCACGUCUACCUACCAUCACCCCCCGAGCCCUAUCAGGCAGUCAACCACAGUAGGACUCCCAACGCGAGAGCUCCUCCUAUCCCGCUGUAGCUUCCUUCUCGUCCCUUCAGCGCCGAAUUCCUCCAGCUGCCACGAUGGCGAACCAAACUCCGGCCGUUGUCAUGGACAACGGCACGGGCUACACCAAGCUAGGUUUCGCCGGCAAUGACUCCCCGUCCUUCGUCUUCCCCACCGCGAUUGCCACCAAGGGCCCGACUGGUGGCGCUGGUGGCUCGGGGUCCGGCCGCCCGGCCAUUGCGAACAAGCCGUCGUUCCUGACGGGCGGAGCGGGUCCGGGCGGACACCUCUCCGCGAAGCGUGGAACUGAAGACCUGGAUUUCUUCAUAGGAGACGAAGCUCUGGCUGCCUCAGCUGGUCCUGGCUAUGGCAUCCAUUACCCCAUCCGUCAUGGUCAGAUUGAGAACUGGGAUCUGAUGGAGCGCUACUGGUCCAACUCGAUGUUCAAGUACCUCCGCGUCGAGCCCGAAGACCAUUACUUCCUCCUGACGGAACCCCCUCUCAAUCCGCCCGAGAACCGCGAGGCCACCGCUGAAAUCAUGUUUGAGUCCUUCAACUGCGCCGGCCUCUACAUUGCCGUACAAGCUGUGCUCGCCCUCGCAGCUUCAUGGACUUCCUCGAAGGUCCAGGACCGCUCGCUCACCGGUACUGUCAUUGACUCAGGUGAAGGUGUGACCCACGUCAUUCCUGUCGCGGAAGGCUAUGUUAUCGGAUCCAGCAUCAAGAGUGUUCCGAUUGCUGGCAGGGAUAUUACAUACUUUGUGCAGCAAUUGCUGCGUGACAGAGGCGAGCCGGACAGCAGCUUGAAGACGGCGGAGAGGAUAAAGGAGGAGUUCUGUUACGUGUCCCCGGAUAUCGUCAAGGAGUUCUCUAGGUACGACAGAGAGCCUGACAGGUUCGGCAAGCACGAAGUCAAGUACCCCAACGGCCGUAGCGUGACGGUCGACGUCGGAUACGAGCGCUUCCUGGCCCCCGAAAUCUUCUUCAACCCGGAGAUUUACUCCAGCGACUUCUUGACGCCUCUGCCCAACAUUGUCGAUACUGUUAUUCAGACGAGUCCUAUUGAUGUCAGACGUGGUCUGUACAAGAACAUCGUUUUGUCUGGUGGUUCGACUUUGUACAAGGACUUUGGUCGCCGUCUUCAGCGCGAUAUCAGGCACCUUGUGGAUGCGCGUAUCAAGGCUUCCGAGGCGCGCAGCGGUGGUGCCAAGAGUGGAGGUCUCGACGUGCAGGUCAUCACGCACAAGAGGCAGAGGCACGGUCCUUGGUUCGGUGGUAGCUUGCUCGGCCAGACCCCCGAGUUCAGGAGCUACUGCCACACGAAGGCUGAGUACGACGAGAUUGGACCCAGCAUCGUCCGAAGAUUUGCUCUGCUGGGUGGCCCUGGCAGCACUUGAGAUGCAAGUGCAGAUGUCUGAGUGGCCUGGUUAGGAAGCACUGCAUCCACGCCGAGCGCGCGGGGCAAGGUGGGUACGGCGUGCACUCGGUGGAUGUAGGAGUUGGGAGGAAGCAGCAGCAUUGCCUCGGCAACGGGCAAAAAUGUAGACAGCAUGCGCGAUGCGCGUGGAGUUUGGGAGAGUAAAGCAGGAAUUUCAAGUUAUCAAAACAGCAGGCGUUCCAUUGCAGAUAGGUCGGUGAAAGUCGUGAGCCCUGGGU